AUGGCUUCCGCUCCCUCCCAAAGCGCCGAACCUCCUUCGACGGUGGGGCAAGAUGGCACCGCUCCGCCGGCGUCUUCCACCAAGCAGGAUAUCAACCCUUGGUCCGUCUCGGGCGAGGUGGGCGAGGACGGCAAGGUCAAGGCAAUCGACUAUCGAAAACUGGUGCAGGAAUUUGGUACCAAUCUCAUCGACGAUGCGCUGCUGGAGCGGUUCGAGCGGGUGACGGGCCACAAACCACACAGAUUCAUGCGACGGCAGAUCGUCUUCAGCCACAGGGACCUGUCCGUCAUCCUGGAUCGGUACGAGAAGAACGAGCCUUUCUACCUGUACACCGGACGCGGACCCAGCAGCGACAGCAUGCAUAUUGGACACACGCAAGUGUUUGACUUUGUCAAAUGGUUGCAAGAUGUCUUGGAUGCUCCCCUGAUCAUUAUGCUGACGGAUGAUGAGAAAUAUCUGUUCUCGGAAAAGAGAACGGUCGAGGAGGUCAUGGGAUACACGCGAACCAACGUGAUGGACAUCAUCGCCGUUGGCUUCGACGCCGAGAAAACCUUCAUCUUCUCCGACUUCGACUUUGUCGGCGGCGCCUUUUACAAGAAUAUUGUGCGAUUCGCCAAGAGAGUCACGUACAACACGGUCAGGGCCAUUUUCGGCUUCGACGGCAGCGCAAACAUUGGCAAGGUUCACUUUGCCAGCAUCCAGGGCGCGACGGCAUUUGCCUCGUCGUUUCCUCACAUUUUCGGGCCCGACGAGUCCAAGACGGCCUCGAUACCGUGCUUGAUCCCGUGCGCCAUCGACCAGGAUCCCUACUUUCGUUUGACGAGAGACUGCGCUGCCGGCUUGCAUUUGGCGAAGCCGUCCCUGAUCCACAUGCGAUUCCUGGACGCACUUCAAGGCCCCGGUUCCAAGAUGUCGGCCAGCGACGACACGUCGGCCAUUUUCCUCAACGACACGGCGAAGCAGAUCAAGAACAAGAUCAACAAGCAUGCUUUCUCGGGCGGGCGAGAGACGGUCGAGGAGCACCGCGAGCUGGGUGGCAACGCCGACGUCGACGUGUCGUACCAAUACUUGCAGUUCUUCCUCGAGGACGACGAGGAGCUGAAGCGAAUCAAGGAAGACUACAACAGCGGCAAGCUGUUGACGGGCGAGCUCAAGGCGAUGUGCAUCGAGCAUCUGCAGAAAUACGUCUCCGGAUUCCAAGAGAGGCGGUCCAAGGUGACGGAUGCCGUUGUCGACGAGUUCAUGACGGCUCGUCCGUUGAAGUGGAACGGAAACCCCAAAGUUCCGCGGGCGGACCUUGUUGUCCCGGUCGUCGCCGCUGGGGACGCCGACGCGGAUGGCGCGGCGACGGCGGCGGGAGCGGAUGGCAAGAUGUCGAAAAGCCAGAUGAAGAAGCUGCUCAAGGAGCAGCAGAUUGCUGCCAAGAAGGCGGAGAAGGACAAGGCGAAAGCGGCGACGAAGGCUGCCUCGAGCGGGGGCGCAUGA